UUGUCGGUGGCCAGCUCUGUGGAGUCAGACAGACCCGGAUCCGCAGAGUGGCCCUGUGGCUUCUGAGGACUCGGGCCCGAGUCCCUGAGCCACGCGGUCUGUGCUCCGGUGUGUGACGUGACGUGCUGACGCGGGCCGUGGGUGCCUCCCGCAGCCCCCGGUGCACCUGCCCUCCGUCCCGCUGGCAGCCUGCCUCUCCCUCAGGAGGGGAGGGGCCCGGAGGAGUGAGAGCUGUCUGUGGCUCCCCGAACGUUCCUUUCGGCGGCUUGACGGCUGAUGGCCGCUGGAAGUGCAGCUUUGCUCACAACCGCGACCGGCUGGGAUUCUGAAGCCUUUGUGGGUUUACGCGCCCCUGUGACACCAAGGCCCCCGGGUCACACGGGUCACAGGCUCAGGGCCUGCCGGUGAGCAGGCCGGAACAGUCCUGCUGACAGUAAUGGGGGGUCGAGUUGCUCGCUGAGCACGGUUGGUUAGAGCUGGCUUCUCCCAGCUCUGGGGGCCACAGGUGGUAGGUGGAGGCGUGGCGGCCGUGCUCCCUGGGCACCCGGGGCUCCCCCUUGCCCUCGCAGCUGCUGGUGGGGCUGCUCGUCCUCGGGCACACCCUCGUCACACGGCCGUCUCCCCCGGGUGGCUGUCGUUUUUCCUCACACGGACACGAGUCACGUGGGAUGAAGGGCCCACCCUGCCGCAGCAUGACCUCGUGGCAACUAAUUACCCCACGCGGACCCCUGUUCCCAAUAUGGUUCACGUGCUGAGGCCCUGGGGCCGGGCCUUCAACGUCUGUGUUUCUGGGGACGCAGCUCAAUCCGUAGUUCUUGUCCUGUUAAUGCGGCACAAACACAACACUCUCAGCGCGGUCACCCCGGGCGUCUUUCUCAACAACUGGUGUCGUGUGAGAGCAGGGUGGUGGCUGUGUCCCACUCGGGACACGGCUGGGGGCCCCAGCCGGGAGUCAGGGUUGAGUGAGCCCACGCCUGUCUGCAGGGCGCCGCCCGGUGAGCGCCCUCCCCCCCACCCCGUGCUGCUUCCCACAGCCCCGCUGUGGCUCGGGCUCCCACCGGCACCACGUGUCUUGCCUCCCUCCCUGGAAAAUGGUUCUUCACGCACUGGAAUGUGUCAGAAUGCAACAGCGUUCAGCGUUCUGGAGUGUUCUAGCAUGUUCCAGAAUGCCCCACUCUGACCUGAGUCAGAGACCCAGGCUUCUGGAGAUUCUGAUGCAACUCGAGUUUGAGAAGUGCCCUGGAAUGUUCUUUGAUGGGAUUUAAACGUCCAGAACCUGACUGCCGGUACAGCCUCGCUGGGGCUCCUCCCAGCGGUCGGGACAGCCACCUCUCUCCUCCGUGUCGCUUCCCGGGUCUUCUGUGCUAAGGGUUUCCUCAUUAGAAGCGAUUAUUAUUCGUGGGCGCCACGGGGAGUUGCUCAGAGGAACACGGGGGAUGCCAGCUGAGACGAGUGCAAGGUGCUUGAAAGUGCAGAAAGAAUGAUGAUGGGGACACAAGUGUUGUCGUUGAAAAGGACCAUUUCAUGGAUGAUUUCUUCCAUCAGGUUGAGGAGAUCAGGACCAGUAUAGCUAAAAUAGCUCAAUAUGUUGAAGAAGUAAAGAAAAACCACAGCAUCAUUCUUUCUGCACCAAACCCAGAAGGAAAAACAAAGGAAGACCUUGAGGAUCUGAACAAAGAAAUCAAGAAAACUGCCAGUAAAAUCCGAGCCAAGUUGAAGUCUAUCGAGCAGAGUUUUGAUCAGGAUGAGAGUGGGGACCGCACCUCAGUGGAUCUCCGGAUACGACGAACCCAGCAUUCCGUGCUGUCUCGGAAAUUCGUGGAGGUCAUGACGGAGUACAACGAGGCCCAGACUCUGUUUCGGGAGCGGAGCAAAGGACGCAUACAGCGCCAGCUGGAGAUCACUGGAAGAACCACGACCGACGAGGAGCUGGAAGAAAUGCUGGAAAGCGGGAGCCCUUCGGUCUUCACCGCAGACAUUAUAUCAGAUUCACAGAUCACUAGACAAGCUCUCAAUGAAAUUGAGUCUCGUCACAAGGACAUCAUGAAGCUGGAGACCAGCAUCCGGGAGCUACACGAGAUGUUCACGGACAUGGCCAUGUUCGUUGAGACCCAGGGCGAAAUGAUCAACAACAUAGAAAAAAACGUUAUGAACGCCGCAGACUAUGUAGAACACGCUAAAGAAGAAACGAAAAAGGCGAUUAAAUAUCACAGCAAAGCUAGAAGGAAAAAGUGGAUAAUUGUGGCUGUGUCAGUGGCUGUGGUUGCCAUAAUUGCUCUAAUUAUUGGCUUAUCGGUUGGCAAAUGAUGGUGUGGACAACGUCAGUGUGCGUGCCCCCCCUGCCAGCGAGGCAAAAAUGAUGUGCAUUAUCAUUUGUGUAAUUGUUUUGCUUGUGAUCCUUGGAAUUGUCCUAGCAACAACGUUGUCGUAGCGACCGUAUCCCGAGAG